UUUGUGACAGGAUCUCUCCAGGGGGAGUAUCAGCGGAAACUGUACAACGACCUGCUGAAGAACUACAACCGCCUGGAGCGGCCCGUCCAGAAUGACUCUGCCCCUCUCCUGGUGGAGCUGGGCUUGACUUUGCUGCAGAUCAUUGAUGUGGAUGAGAAGAACCAGGUCCUGAUGACAAAUGCUUGGUUGCAGUUGCACUGGACCGACAUAUACCUCAACUGGAAUGCUGACAACUACCCAGGGGUCCAAAACCUGCGGUUCCCCUCCAACCAGAUCUGGGUGCCUGACAUUCUCCUCUACAACAGUGCAGAUGAAAGAUUUGAUGCCACCUUCCACACCAACGUCCUGGUGAAUUCAUCAGGGGCAUGUCAGUAUAUACCACCAGGGAUCCUGAAGAGCACAUGCUACAUUGAUGUCCGCUGGUUCCCCUUCGACGUGCAGAAGUGUGACCUGAAGUUCGGCUCAUGGACGCAUAGCGGGUGGCUCCUGGAUCUGCAGAUGCUGGACGUGGACAUCUCUACCUACAUCCCUAAUGGGGAGUGGGACCUUGUGGCGGUCCCGGGUAAGAGGAACGAGCUGUAUUAUGAGUGCUGUAAGGAGCCGUACCCAGACGUGACGUUCACGGUCACCAUGCGCAGGCGCACGCUCUACUACGGUCUGAACCUGCUCAUCCCCUGCGUGCUCAUCUCUGGCCUGGCCCUGCUUGUCUUCCUGCUGCCUGCAGACUCUGGGGAGAAGAUAUCACUGGGGAUCACAGUGCUACUCUCUCUCACCGUCUUCAUGCUCCUGGUUGCGGAGAUCAUGCCGGCUACUUCUGACUCUGUACCACUCAUAGCUCAGUAUUUCGCCAGCACCAUGAUGAUUGUGGGCCUGUCCGUGGUGGUCACCGUCCUCGUGCUGCAGUUCCACCAUCACGACCCCCACGGGGGCAAGAUGCCAAAGUGGAUCCGGGUGGUCCUGCUCAACUGGUGCGCCUGGUUCCUCAGGAUGAAGAAGCCAGGCGAGGACCGCAAGCUGAUUGGCUACAAGUACAGCCAUGCCCCACAGCACCAUUCCAGUGCUAGCUCCAUCCAGCUGACGGCAGUGGGCGGCCAGCCAGCCAACACCAAUGGCAACAUGAACAUGUACUUCGGCUACCAUGCUAUGGAGAACCCUUGCUGCCACCCCAGCAGUGACUCGGGUGUGAUGUGCAGCCGCCCCGCCAGCUCCCCGCUGGACGACCGGGAGCCCCCCGGGAGGACCCCGCUGGCCGGGCAGAUCCCCGAGAUCUCCAAGAUCCUGGAGGAGGUGCAGUACAUCGCACGGAGGUUCCGGGAGCAGGACGAGGCCGAGGUCAUCUGCAGCGAGUGGAAGUUUGCAGCGGCCGUGGUGGACCGUCUCUGCCUGGUAGCCUUCUCGCUCUUCUCCAUCAUCUGCACCUUCACCAUCCUCAUGUCUGCACCCAACUUCAUUGAGGCCGUCUCCAAGGACUUCACAUAG